AGUUGCCCCCUCUCUCUCUCUCUCUCUCUCUCUCUCUCUCUCAAACACUUACGGCUACCCCACCCUGAUCUUUUGAGUGGAACCUCAAGCAGAGAAGUAGCUUCUCUUUUAGGGAAGAGAAAAGGCUAGAGAACAACCCCUUUUUCUUCUUUUUUUUCUCUCUCUCUUUCUCUCUCUCUCUCUCUCUCUCUCUCUCUCUCUCCUUCUCUCUCCUUUUAGCAUCUCUGUUAUCAGCAGCAACCCUUUGUUUGAAACCCUAAUUGAUCUGAACCCAAAAAUAGUAAAAAAGAAGAGGGGCAGAAGAGCUAGCUAGCUUUCAUAUGUAUUUUUGAAACAGUCUCUUUCUGCAACCAUCAAUUUCCGUAGGCUGUUUAUUCUCUUCUUCACGCAUACCCUUUUGCAGCUCCCAGAUAAAGCACAAGAACCAAACCAAACCAAAGCACUGUACUCCUUUGCUUUGCAGAUCUCACAGAGCUAGCUUUCAUAUAUGGCUUCUCAUAGUUGGUACUUUCUCAUCAGCUUACCUCACAGUUUCAGCUCUCUGUUUCUCUCUCCUCUUCUUAAUUGAGCUUUGUAUUUUAAGUAACCAAAUAUCUCUCACCUCCUCCAUAUCUUUGUCCCCCUUCACGUCUUUCCAUCUCUCUCUCUCUCUCUCUCUCUCUCUCUCUCUCUCUCUCAUGGAUUCUGGUAGUGGAAGUAUGCAGUCCUCCAGCGGCGGCGAUGACGAGUACGACUCGCGGGCCGAGUCAAUCUCCGCUCUACUGAGUAACCCACCGAGUCAACUCGGCCACAUGUCUAGCCACGCACCGCCACACCACCACCACCACCACCACCACCAACAAACCCAUCACCACCUAGACCCUCUAUCAAACAUGUUCGAUCCAUUAUCCUCCAGGCUCACGAACCCGAACCCGCUUCUCAAUUUCGACAUGGCGUGGUCCAAAACCCUAAGAUCCGACCCGAAUCCCACCGAUCUCGGUGGCCUAAGCCAACCCUUUUUGACCAACCCCAAUAUUAAUCAAUUAGGACAAAGCAGAGGCGGCGGCGGCGGCGGAGGCGGCUCGUCUACUUUUGCGGCUCUUCAGAUCCCGCAUGAUCACCAAAACGUUUCGGCUUCUUCUUCGGCUCCAAACAACCAAACCCACAACAUCAACAGUAACAGCAACAACAACAACAGCAACAGCAACGGAGUCGUUCGGAACCCGAAGAAGAGGUCGAGAGCGUCGAGGCGCGCACCGACGACUGUGCUGACAACAGACACCACAAAUUUCAGAGCCAUGGUUCAGGAAUUUACAGGUAUCCCUGCUCCUCCAUUUACAUCCUCCUCGCCUUUCCCGAGAAGCAGACUGGAUCUCUUUAGCUCAGCUGCUGCCGCCUCUGCCCUCAUGAGAUCAGCUGGAGGAGGAGGAGGAGGAGGAGGAGGAGGGGGUUUGGGUUUGGAGCCUUCACCUCCUUCUUACCUUUUGAGGCCUUUUGCUCACAAAGUCUCUCACCAACCACCAUCUUCUUCUUCCAUUCUUGAUCAUCCAAACUUACCCUCAACUAAUUCAAGUGCCACUAACCACCACAAUAAUCUCCUCAAUAUGCAGCAAAACCCAUCACCCUCCUCCUCCGCAGUUCUUAAUUUCCAGUCCCUCUUUCAACCCCAACAUCAGCAGCAGCAGCCUAAAUACUCACUGCCCAUUAAUUCUCCGAAUGAUCUCCUUGCCUCCAAGACACCUCACCACCACCAUCACCAAGGCUCUUUGGACCAUUUUGGCUUGACCCAGCAGCAGCUCAAUGUGCUUCCCAACAACAUCGUAUCCUCCUCGGAUGCCGCGCUCUCGAGGCACGACAGUAAUUCCAACUGGGGUAACGGAACAGGGCCCAGCAACAACAACAAGACCAACAUUGACAACAACAAUGUUGAUCAUCAAGGUCUGAUGAGAUCCAUCAAUGGGAAUUACGGCAACGGGAAGCUAAACUACUCUGCUGGUUCUUCGUCCAAUAAUAUUAUCCAUGGCGAUAAGGCGCAGGAUCAGAAUGUGGCUGCCGCUGCUGCUAGAAGUGAAGGUAUGGUAGAAUCAUGGAUUUGCUCCUCAGAUUAGGCUUUUACACCCCAAAUCAUGAGAAAAGUUUCACAGAAUCUUUGUGUUUGUCUUAACCAUGACCACGACCAACAUAAUUGAACACUUUUUUUUUUUUUUCCUUCUCUUUUUUGUUUCUCCUUUUCUAGUUAAUAUUUGUAUGUAAAUAAUACUCUCUCUCUCUCUCUCUCUCUCUCUUUCUUUUUUCAUAUAUUUUCAUACACUUCCAUACACGAACCAUCUUGGGUUUUUUCUUUUGUCAAUUUGUGGUUCGAACAGUAAUUAAAAUGCUGUUAGUUUGAUUAUAUAAAUAUGUAUAUCAUCAAAGUCUGAAAGCAA